AUUUACAUUCGUUUGACGUUAUAGCACAAGCCAUAAAUGCACAUUCGAAAGUCGCAACGAGUGCCGUCGGACCUGUUUAUCUGUAGACGUGUCGUUUUAUAUACAUUUUAUAAAAACGAGUACAAACAAUUUGUGUAUCAAGUCUUGAGGAAAAUUAAAGAAAAUGGAUGGAUUAGUACAGUCGGUAGUGUACGACACAUCGUGCCCUGCGAAUAUUUAUUCAGCAACAAUAAUGCGUAAAGUCGACGGAGACCAAAAGAUUGUUAUGAUCGCUUCAAAAAAAGACAUGAUUACUCUGGAGUCGAAAAUAGUAGACAAUAAGGUCGAAACUUAUAUUGUAGAACUCAAUUUUUCUAAUAUUCCAAGUAAUGCUGAAAUCAUUUCUAUACACUGCAUUAACAGAUGCAAAGAGUAUGAUGAUUUUGUUUUUGGAAUAACGUUUGCAUUGAUUAUAGAAAACGAAGAUCCUGAAACAGCUGAAACAUACUUAAAUAUAUACUCAGGAUUUCCUGGUUCAUCAUUAGAAGCUAUAAUGGAAAAUUGUGAAACACUUCAAUUGGAUUUUGUUCCAUUUCAAUUGAACCAUGCCAUUUAUAUGUCGGAAACACAAAAAAAUGGCAUGUGGCUGUUAUCAGGAAGUGAUGGAAAAAUACACGCUUAUAAGAAUGAACAACAUAUUGUUGAAAAAAGAAUUGAGGAUUAUUUUAUUGAAUUUGAAGAUACAAAAGACUCCAUUGUUCUGUGUUUUGGUACCAAAUCAUUUAGUAACUACAAAAAAAGAAUGUCAUAUUAUGGAUGUGAAACAGGAUAUUCAAUGUUCUCAAUUGUAGAUUCGGAAAAAAAUCAGAUACUACGUUGUUUUUCAGAACGUUAUGAAUCACCAAUAACAGUCAUGCAAUUGUUUAACAUACACAAAAAAACUGUUGACAUUGACAAUAUUCCUUCAGUUGAAGAUGAUUUCAUAGCAGAUUGUGAUACUGUAAAUGAAAAAGAACAAAUCUGUUUACUAGUAGGAAGUGCAAUUGAAAGUGCUGUUGUAUAUAUGAAUGUGUUGGAAAAUAAUUUAAGAAAUGCAAUUACGUUAACUGAUAGUAAUAGGCACCAAGCUAUUGUAUGUGCUUUAAUCACAGAUGUAAAUUUUGAUUCCAAAAAUGAAAUACUACUUGGAACUUACGGAAAUUAUAUUUUAAAUUAUGUCUAUGAAAAUAACAAUUGGGUGGAACAACAACAAUUUGAUAUGAGGGACUCUGUUUAUACAAUUUGUUACUUAGAUAUAGUUGGCGAAGGAGUGAAUGAUGUAGUUGUAAUGAGCGAGAGAGGAAUACAUAUUUUAAAACAUGAACCUAGGUAUAUAGUUGAAGUACUAAAAAAUCGUUUAAAACUAUAGAAAGUUGAAGAAAACUGAAGGUAUUACUGAAAUUAUAAAUUGGUGGUUAUUUAAUUUUUAUUACACAGUCAAUAUAUGAUACCUUUAUAAUGAAUUUAAAGAUAAUAUAUUAAAUUGUAUAUUUGAUUUAAGAAUGAUUCACAAAUAAAUGUCGCAUUACCAUGUUA